UGGGGGAAAGCUCUGGUGGUCUGAAGACAGAAACACUGAAGGAACAACCUCUGAUCAGAUUAAUGGUAAUAUAAAAAGAAGUCAGCUAAAGUGGAGGAGAAAUCUAAUUAGGGAAUGAGUUAGAGGUCGUAUCAGAUCAAGCUGUUAGAGUUGUGGCAUCCGGGGGAAAGGUUUCCUUUAGUGCCGCUCCUGUUGGAAAACUGAGCAGAACGGUUUCAUCAUGACUCGUUUACAGCUUCUAAUUGGACUCCUGACUUGUCUUCAUUUGGCAGGAUGUUUGAGGUGUUACACCUGUGUGUUUCCAGCCAUUUCUCCUAUGGACUGCUUGAAGUACCCUCUGGAGUGUCCUGCAGGGCAGCGCUGCCUCUCCAGUGUGGCGACAGGAAGGCGAGGUGCUGUACAGCUGACGAUAUAUGAGAAGAGCUGUGCUGUUCCCACACAGUGUGGCCUGGCCGGACAGAAAUACACCUCAGGGGUUUACUUUAACUACACCAACGACUGCUGCGACACGGACCUUUGUAACGGAGCUGGGUCUGCUGCUGCCCUUACCUGGAGAGCAGCGGUGCUCUGCCUGCUGCCUACAGUCCCCUUCCUGCUGGCCUGAAAGGCCAAGGUUACCACAGAACCAUCAGAGCUCUGUCUUUUGAUGCCAUUUUAGAAGAGAACAGGUGAGAUUUUAAAGGAAAAUGUGGUUUUAGUUCAUCACAAGUGGUAACAUCAUUGUGAUAUUCAGUAAUUUCACAUAUUGCCACAGUUUGUCAUUUUGCAGCUCUGCUAGAAGAGUUUCAAGUGUGAUAAAUGUGGAAAACAUUUGUCCUGAAAGAGAUUAUUCUGAAAAAAUGCAAAGAAUGUUUAAACUGAAUGUUUUCUGACAUUCCCACUAAAAUGUGUCUUAUUCCUAAAAUCUAAGUCAAGAUUAUAGGCUGAGGAACAUAAAAGUUACCUCAUAUUCAUUUAGCAAACACUCCAAUCCCUCACGGCAUCUUUUGGAACAGCUGUUUAAAAACAGUUAUUAAAGAAAUCAGUAAAAAAAUCACUUAUAUAUGAACUCAAAUAUGUAUAAUCAUGAUGGUGAAAGGAGUUUUAAUGGAAAGCAUAAUGUUUUUAUGCUUUUAGUGGUGCUAAAGAUGAUCUGUUUUUUUGUUAAACUGAACUUGUUUUCAAAAGUUUUUGUAUGUAAAGUUUUGUCCUGUUAAGAGAUGUAAAAGUCUUACUUCUGUUAGUUAUUUGGUGCAUGAUUUUAUAGAGCCUGGCAGGUUUUAAAAUAAGUGCACAAAGUAUAAAACACGUGUUCUUCGGUUUAGCUAAUCUUUCCAUAAAUGUACAAUACGUUUUCUUAAUUCGGUUUACCUGUAAGCAAAUAUUUACAAAUGGCUGCGAUUCAUAUCGCCCCUUCAUACCUGCAUUUCAUAACCAUCUGUUGCCAUUUUGCCCCAUUUUAUACCCCUAAACAAAACACUUUCUACUCAUGUACUAAACUAUUUAGCAUCAAUUUAUUUCUCUUGGUAUUGAAUUAUUUUCAUAAAUUAUGGAGAUAAAUAACAAAUACAAAAAAUUUAAAUAGUCUUAUUUGAAAUUAUAUAAUUCUUCUAAUAAAUACUUUAAUUGGACCUAAUUAAACCCAAAUAACUCUAAGCGACCUCCUCCUUUAGUCAUUUGAUUGGACUAUGAGUAUGGAAAAUUAAAUUAAACCUUUUGUUGGUCUGAAAUACCCACUAGAUGGGUAGGAAUUCAGGAUGAUCAGUAGAAAUCUCCUUUGGCAGACAGAUCAUUUCCAUACUAGAAAAACUCAGGUAAGAAAGAAAAAAAUUUACAAAAUGGCAAAGGGGCAAAACAAAUAUUCUCUUUGAGAGAAAUCCAUCGUCAUUUACCAAGUCAAGUCAGGUUUAUUUAUGUAGCGCUUGUCAGCAACAAGACACUCAAGGCGCUGUACAUAAGGAAAAACAUUACAAUGAUACAGAAAAUCAAACAACAGAGGUCAUUAAAAAUAUAAAGAGAAUAGAAUGAUGGAUAAGAAAACAAAAGGAAAAUUGGACUGAAAACUUAACUAAUAAUGUUUAGAGGGCCCAGUCAAACAAAUAAGUUUUUAAUCUUGAUUCAAAGCAACUUAUGGUUUCAAAGCUUUUAUAGUUUUCUGGGAGUUUAUUCCAGAUUAGUGGAGCUUAAGACCUAAAAGCUGCUUCUCCAUGUUUGGUUCUGGUUCUGCAGAGUAGAUUUGAGCCAGAAGACCUGAGAGGUCUGGGUGGUUGAUCCACUGAUAACAAGUCAGUAAUGUAUUUUGAUGCUAAGCCAUUCAGUGAUUUAUAGACAGAAGUAUUUUAAAGUCUAUUCUCCGAGCUACAGGGAGCCAGUGUAAGGACUCUAGAACCGGGGUGAUGUGCAGCUUGUACUACGAUUAACUCUUUUGAGUUUAAUAAAAUCAGCUAAAGGUUAGAGAUACAGACUUCAAUGCAUAAAUAAGAGUAACCUUGUAAUUCCUUCAUUUUCUGUUGGAUUCAGAACUGUUACCUCCAGUCAUAUUCAAUACAUUAGAAAAUGCGUUCUCAUGAGGCUCGUUUGUCAGAUUAAAAUCACCUUUCUAAACUAACAACCUUUA